GGGCAAGGAAGACGUCGGGGGAGAAUACGACCUCAUGGCUCGUUUGGGAGCGAUGGACGACGACGACCUUUACAUCGGUGGGAAGUUGACGACGACGGAGAGGACGGCAGUAGCAGCGGUUGUUACUGCAGUCCUCUUUCGUUGUCAGAUGGAGAGGACGGCGGGGAGAAUGAAAGCGCAGAUCCGCAUGAGGAGGAGGAAGGUUACGCAGUGCACAUCACUGGACGGCCCUGUGUUGGACACCGCCGCCAUCUGCUAUGCCGUCAUUCACGUGUGUUGCGCCUUGGGUUGCGGAGCUCUUCCUAGAGCAACGCCGAGAUGGUGGAUGAAAAGGAGGACGGGUGGUGCGUGGGAGGAUCUGCGGGAAUGCGACGACGCGACGGAGGACUACUUUCGGGACAAGCUGCGCAUGUCGCCACGUGUCUUCUGGGAGAUUGCGGAAGCUCUCUCGUCGUUGCUGCAGCGCUGCGUGACAUUCUACAGGGAGCCGUUGCAGCCAGAUCAGAUCGUCGCGUACGCGUUGUACAGGUGGGCAUCGGGGGCGACGUACGAGAGCAACACGUGUAACUUCGACAUCGAUAGAGCGUCAAGUUUGGUGGCGGUGAGGGACGUCACUGCGGCGUUGUUGACGGUCUACCGUGACAAGAUACCAUGGCCGGCGGGGGUGUGCAAGUCGGUCGUCCUCCGUGCUUUCGAUGGCAAGGGGUUCCCCAACUAUCAUGGCUGCAUCAACUGUACGCAUAUCUAUAUCGACAAGCCCACAAAUGCCCCUGGCAAGGACUACUACGAUCGGAAACGACGUUUCUCGAUCAUCGCGCAGGUCAUCGUCGAUCUGGACCUGCGUGCGUUGGACGUCUUUGCCAGUUAUCCUGGGAGCUGCCACAACGUCAGGAUCAUUCACCUGUUUAGUCUAUGGGCGCGUGCAGAGGCUGGCAAACUUUUCACGGGACCGCCUGUGAUGCUGCCAUUCGGCGUCCAGAUGAAUGACUACCUGCUGGGCCACAAUGGUUACUACCGUCGGAAUGGAUAGUCGUUCCCUACAACAGCACUACUCGUCACCCGUCAGAGACGCGGUUCGACAAUAAGCAG